UGAAUUUGUUGCGAGUAUUCAAAAGUGUUUUCAGCUUGUUUUAGCGGCAAUUAUAGCAUUGUUAUGAUUGAUAGACAAUUUUCAAAGACAAUGGGACGUCGGAAGUGCAUUCUUUGUGGAGUUAGCAGUGAAAAAACCUUCCACAGGUUUCCUAGUGAUAAGAAAAAACAAGAAGAAUGGUGCACUAUCCUCAAUAUUGACAUAAAUGAUUUACCACUUCACUUCACUUCAAUAGAAGGCAAAAGAACUCAACUAAAGCAUUCAGCAGUUCCAUCAGCAGAGCCUUUGAGGCAAACAGAGUAAGUCCUUAAUUAUAUUUAGCUAUUGGAUGAAAUGGAAUAUUUUGUUGCUAUACUUUUACUU